AUGGAACAAGGAUUUACCAAGGCAAAUAGCUCUAAUUUGCCUAGAAUUGAUUUGUUGAUGCUGGGAGAGUUUCUUGGAGCUAACAAAGAUUUUUGUUCAGCAGAAUUUCGAAGUGUAAAAACUUCUAAGUCCUCUAAGCCAUCCUAUGGAGAUGACGCUGUAAGCUAUGUACAGCUGAAACGAGAUGGAAAGCUGUGUAUUGUGAAAGGCAAAAUCUGUCCUGAACAUAAAGUCCAUGCAAAGUUGUAUGGAGUGACUGUUGUAGUUGACGAAGAAGAUGAAAAAAUCAAGUCCAUAGAAUGCCACGACUGUAUUGCUUCACAAGGAGGGUACCAUGAGAGAGAC